CAUCGUCACAUGACGUUAUUAAAAACUCAAAAGCUCAGAGUGCAGGUGAAGCUAGCGGAUGGAGCCGCCGCCUGUCAGUCAAAGAGGCCACGCCCCAAACUUUCAGCCUUAAUACAAUUUAAGAAUAGAACAGAAUAGAGUUUAUUUUAUUUUUAUUGUCAUUUUGUUCCAAGCCAACUGUGCAGGAAUAAAUAACACACAGGAGAGAAAAUAAAGGCACACAAUGGAGGGCAAGGGGCAAAUUAAUGCAGUUCAUUUAAUCCGCAACGGAACUCGCACAGUAUUCCCGACAAAAUAAAAGCAUAGUUGGGUUUUGAAAUUUCCAGUAAAGGACAAAACUUUUCAAACAAAGAUAAAUGUGUUAAAAUUGCGUUACAUGAAGCAGAUAUCCACAAAAAAACGUCCAGUGUAUGCUCGCUCCCUGUUCAUUUCCCCUGACAUGGUGCUGAUAUAACGGUUUCAUUUCAAACACUAGGAUUUGUAGGCUUUAUUUUGAAAGGUAUGACCGGAUGUGUAUGCGUGUGAUUUUCUCGGACGUACGGCGCUCGUGCUUUCUCAGCAUCGCAGUGUGAGCAGGUAAAUCUUUGUGGUUGAACCCCCAUCGCUGAGUCCAGUAUGAGGCCCGCGGGGCUGACGGGGUCCGGCCGGGAGGAGCACUGAGGAGCCGAGAGGCCUGCUGGGAGGCCCGGAGCGCCGCAGGAGUCAGGCUGACGGACCAACCAUGUGGGAAAACAUGCUUCUGCUACUGAUCCACGCGGUGGAAGCUGCAGUGGCAUCUCAGUGCUGGCAGGGGGCGACCUUCUCCGAGGCCGUGGUGUCUCCUGUGGUCGAGAGCAGCGGUAUUCUGCGGGUGCCCAGUGUGUCGUCCCUGCCGCAGUGCGUGGCGGCAUGCUGCGACCUGCCCGGCUACGACUUGGCGUGGCUGUUCGAGGGCCGCUGCUACGUGCUGAGCUGCCAGCAGAGGGAGAACUGCCAGCCCCGGCAGACGCCUGGCGCCGACUCGUUCCUCGCCUUCCUGCGACGCCCGUCCCCGCAGACACUGGUGCUUCAGUCCCUGGUGAGGGGGGAGCCCUACGGCGGGCGCUGGAGGCCCCUCUCACGCUCGUCUGAGGCGCCCGGCGACUUGGAGGCCCUGAAAGAUCUCUCCCUGUUCGACACGCCACAUCGAGGCUUCCCAGACCCCGGGAUGCUGGAUGUCGAGUACUCAGAGGACAGCCAGGAGGAGAGGGGUGGAGCCAGCCCAGAACAGGAGACCAAUCAGCCACCUUUGAAAGGGGGGGGCAGCUUCAAUCAAUCAGAGGCUGAGUAUGGUCCAGAGAGGAGGCCGACAGAGAGCAGCGCGGCCCCGGGCGUGCGCCAGGGAGAGGAGGGUGGGGCCAAGAGACCGACGGAGGUGGCGCCACAGGAAUCAACGCAGAGCAGCUCCACCUCUCCACCCCUGACACCCGAGACCAGCUCAGAGCCAGCCCACACCUCCAGCAGCCCCACAGCAAACCCAGCUCCACCCCUGCUGGUGUCUCUUGGAAACCCCGUAGAGGCGACCACAGUGAAACCCACCACUCCAGCUGCUCCUGAACAUACCAGCAGACCCACGUCAGACGCUGUGAAGAUGCUUCAGUCUGCAGCCGGAACUCCACCUUCCACCACCCACCUGACUGUGACCUCUGACCUUACUACCCCGACCUUGUCAGCAGCCAGCUUUAACCCUACGACGGCGACUGAGUCAGCAGCUUCAGCGUCGGUGUCACAGGUUGGAGGGUCAAACCGUGGUCCGGUGGCCGUCGUGGGCCCCGACAGGAGCCUGUCUCUCCCGGUGAGCAGCUUGCUGCUCAACGGCAGCGGCAGCAGUGACGACAGCGGCAUCGUCAGCUACCGCUGGGAGGCGGUCAGCGGGCCUCCCGGGCUGAGGCUGGACGACGCAGAUCAGCCCGUCGCCACAGCCUCGGGGGUUCGGGCGGGGCGCUACACCUUCAGACUGACCGUCUCUGACCAGGAGGGGGCGACAGACAGCGCCUCGCUGACCGUCAAAGUCCCAGAAGCCGGUAGUUUUCUUCCGGUCGCCCACGCCAGCGGCAGCCACUCGGUCACUCUGCCCAACAACUCUCUGGUCCUCAGAGGUUCGGUGACCAACGCCGAUCAGACCGCGGUGCACUUCCUGUGGACCCGGGACAGCCAGAGUCCUGCUGCCGGGGACGUACUGUACGGCUCGGAUACUCAGCCCUCGCUCUACCUCGCCAACCUGGUCGAAGGCACCUACCUGUUCCAGCUGAAGGUGACCAACGCGCAGGGGCGCUCCGGCUCCGCCACGGCCACUGUGGAGGUGCGACCAGAGCCCGGCGGCGGCGAGCAGGUGGAGCUGGAGAUGCUGGUGUCGGUGUCUCAGGUGAGCGUGGCUCAGAGAGACACUGUGGUCCGACAGCUCGCCGCUCUGAUCCACGUCCUUGACAGCGACCUCCACGUGCGAGCGCUGCAGGGACACUCCCACAUCAGCACCGUGUUGCGGUUCUCCGUGCACGGCGCCUCGGGGCCCCUCUCUGCCUCCCGAUUGGUCGGCGUGCUGCGCAGCCAGCUGCUCUUCGAGAAAAGCGACUACCUGCUGUUCAGAGUCCUGAGGGUGGACACCGUCUUGUGUCUGCUCAGCUGUUCGGGGCGUGGUCAGUGCGAUCCAAUCACCAAGCAGUGUGCCUGCGACCCCUUCUGGACCGAGAACCUGAUUCGUCGUUACCUUGGCGACGGAGAGAGCAACUGCGAGUGGAGGGUCCUGUACGUCAUCCUGACCAGCUUCGUGCUCGUCGUCCUCAUCCUGUCGCUCGGCUGGACGUUCAUCUGCUGCUGUAAGAGGAGACGACAGACCAAAGCGAGGAAGAAAACCAAAUACACCAUCUUGGACAACAUGGACGAGCAGGAGAGGGUGGAGCUCCGCCCCAAAUUCAGUAUCAAGCACCGCAGCACGGAGCACAACUCCAGCCUCAUGAUGUCCGAGUCGGAGCUGGACAGCGACCAGGACACUAUCUUCAGCCGCGACCGGCCGGUCCGCAGCAGGAACCGCAUCAGCACCAUGGCUGCCCGCAACGGCGACGCCUUCGGAUGACGGGGCGGCCGACCUCUCGCAGACGCAGAAUGGUGCAUUCUGGGAUGUGUAUGAGGGACCACAUUACCCAGUUUUCAAGAGAAUGCUAACAUGUCCCAUUUCAAAGGACGCAAGGAACUCGAGACCUGGAGGACGGACGCGCGUCUGCUCGGACAUAAGAGGAAGAGCAAGAGGGCGGGACACAUCAAGCAUCGCACCACCGCCACGUGCCCGAUUCACAGCUGUGAGCUCGUUAGCUAACAGAGCGCUCACCAGGAAACACGGCAGAGUCAGCUGACGACGGCGUCCGAUCACACGGUCGUGGUUCGUUUGAGCCCGGGUCACAGACGCCGUCCACCGGGUUAAACAUCAUCAACGUUUGUUGGCUAACGAGAAGCAGCGUGUGAAUCAGAGACGAAGGAUGUGAGCCGACACCUCGGACAUAAACACACCAACACAGAAGUAACACAAACUCGUCUUUAAUGUGGUCAGAAUACAAAACGCACACAUGAACUUUGACCCCAUCAGCUAAAGUCACAGACAAACAUCCAGGUAUUAAACUGCUACGAGAGCGUUUCACAUGUAGACGAGCCGAGUCGACAGGUUUGCACCCGUUCGUGUUUUCAUGGCUCGAUGCGGCGCCGGCUGUCGCUCUGUCGGCUUCGCUUCCAAAGGCGCGUCGCUCAUCACGCACAAUUUCUUUAGGAAUGAAUCAAGUUUCACGAUUCAGGAGGAUUCAUGCGAGUUGGAAGCUUUAUGGACACUCGCUGCGCCGCGGGUGAAGCAGAAAAUAAUUUUAAAAACAAGUUUCAUCACAAUGUGGCGGUUUGUUAGCCCCUCCCCUUCAGUUUACAAUCCCUUAACACUGAUAGCCAAUCACAGCAGACAGGGCAGAUAAACGGACUGAGUAGCGCCUCCUUCUGGUGUGAGUUUGGGCAGUCCAACCAGUCUGAGACGGGUUCAGAUAAGUUUAAGCGUCGCGCUGGUGCCGAGUGUGUGAGCGUAGAAGCGACAGCUGAUUCAAAAUGUGAUUUACAAAGUCCGGGUUGGACGUUUUUGAUCCUGCAUGAAUUCAAACUUUAUUGAAGGAGUUAUCACGUGUUAAUAAAAGAAUCCGACCACCUCCACCGAGUCACAGCUUUUGUACCGCCUCCUCUUCCUCCUCACGGUUUGAGGCCUCCAAAGCACACGUACUUCACUUCCAGGUACUCGUCGACGCCGUACUUGGAGCCCUCGCGGCCCAUGCCGGAUUCCUUCACCCCACCAAACGUGGCCUCUGGCGUGGACAGCAGCCCCUCAUUGACGCCGACCAUCCCCACCUCCAACGCCUCCGCCACCCGCCAGAUCUGACUCACAUCCUGUGAGUAAAAGUAACCUGAGAACAAAGGAGGAGGUUAGAGCUAUGAGGCGCCGCCACGUGAACCUUUCUUCUACAGGGUCAAACGUUAAAGUCUAAUUUACAGCUCUGAGUCCUGCUCUCAGAAACCGACACGUCUGCGACGACGCAUGAACAGCCCGCGAUCUGCAGUCUAGGAACCAAUCGGCUGCAUGCACGCAGGUGGACUCACCUGCCAGCCCGACACUGGUCGCGUUAGCAAUAGCCAGAGCCUCCUCCUCCGUGUUGAACCUGCAGAUCAGACACAGGCGAGCUCAGACGGCUUCACCAUAAACAAGAAUCUGCGUCUAGCCGGGAUUAAACCCGCAGAUCAACAAAUCCCGUCUCGAUCAUCUGUCUGGACUCACCUGAUGACGGGCACGAGCGGCCCGAAGGUUUCCUCCUUCGUGCACAGCAUGUUGGCGGUGACGUCGGCCAGCAGAGUCGGCUCCAUGAAGGAGCCAUCGAGACGCUUCCCGCCUUUUACCACCUUCGCCCCGCGGGACACGGCGUCCGAAAUCUGAUGUAGCACCUGGGAGGCAGACAGAGCGUUCAGCGGCGUGCUGGUGCGGUCUUUAAACAAACUUCAGUCAUUUAUCGUCGGCAGUAAUGUGGUGUCAUGUAAUUAAUAUAUCCUUAGUAUCCUUAUUUUAUUGCUUUAUGUAUUUUAAUAAUGAAGGUUUGUAGACUCACAAACUAAGCACUCAGCCAGGCUGAAAACAGGAAGUGUAGAGCUGUACAGCAUGUUAAUAAAUACAGGAAGCCAGACAGAAAAGAGGAAGUUUGCCAUAUAACAAUGUUUGUAUUGAAACUGUGACGUGUAAAGUACCAAAAUAACACCUAUAUGAGGCACAGGUUAUGAUUCUAAUGUUAGAGAUGCUGCAACUGGCGUCUGGGCAGUGCAGGCGUCUCUUCAGAAGAUGGUUGAAUAAAAGAAAUAAAUGUUC